AUGGAUGCAAUGGACGCGGAUCCUUGGGACGAUUGGGAAGCGGCUGCUGAUGCUGACUUAGAUCCAAGGCCGGGAAAAAUAAUUGACGACCAUGAAAAAAAUAAAAAAAUAUGGAAAGAAGCAAAUGCUUAUACGCAACCCGAAAUCAUUCGUCCGAAUUCAACUCGAACGGAAUAUGUUCCACAAUUACGUAUUUUAAAACGACCAAAGAAUCCGGGACCCACGACCAAUAAUAAUACAUCAAGUAAUCAAAAUAAUUCCGGAGAAUCAUCUAAAAAGUCAUUUGCGGAUCAUAUCUUACAACCAUCACGACCCGGAAGAAAUUAG